AUGGCACAAAGACAUCGUACUGUAGAAAAUUCCUUGAAUCAAGAAAACAUGCAUGCAAAAGUAGCUACAAAGGCUGUUAUACCUCCAAGAGGCACUGUUCCCAAAAGAACAGCUUUAGGUGACGUUAACUUGAGUGAAGCUAAUAAACUUUCCAAUGUAAAUAGUAAUAAUAAUGGCAUGGCAAAAAAAGAUGGUGUUAUGGGCCCACCACAAGUAUUACCAAAGAAGACUGUCACGGGUGUUAGCACAAAAAAUUCCAGUGAAUCAUAUUCUUCAAAACAGAUAUCUAUUAUUGACCCUGACGAGAAUACCAAGAAUGAUCCUCAAAUGGUAACUGAAUAUAUAGCAGAUAUAUUCAAUUAUUUGCUAGAGCUGGAAUGUAAAUUUCCAAUAAGGAAACAUUAUUUACAAGGUCAUCAAUCGUCACCAAAAAUGCGUGCAAUACUUGUGAACUGGCUAAUAGAGGUUCAUAUGGAUUUUAAGUUAUUUGUUGAAACUUUAUUCUUGUGUAUAGCAAUUGUUGACCGGUAUUUGCAAGAGAACAUAUAUAUUAGUUGUGCCAGUCUGCAGUUGGUCGGGAUCACGGCAAUGAUUAUCGCCAGGAAAUACGAACAAACAUAUUAUCCUGACCUAGAUGAUUAUGUCUACAUUUGUGAUGAUACUUUUUCGAAAACACAGAUUGUUCAAAUGGAAAGGGACAUUUUGGAAAAACUUAAUUUUAAUUUAGGACGCCCUAUCUCUUUGCAUUUUCUGAGGCGCUAUAAUAAAAUUGCUCAAGUUAGAAUGGACCAUCACACUCUGGGGAAGUAUUUACUGGAACUAGCUCUUCUGGAGUACGAUAUGAGCCAUAUCAGACCUUCGAUUCAAGCGGCAGCAGCCUGUUGUUUGUCUAUUGGAAUAUUAAAUGAAAUAAUGGAUUUACCAAAAAUCUGGACGCCAACAUUAGUUCAUUACACUACCUAUAAGUAUUCUGACAUCAAAAUCACAAUUGUUGACUUGGCCCAUUUAAUUGCAAAAGCUGAAACUUCCAAACAUCAAAUGUCUCGAUAUAAAUAUUCUACCCCAGUUUUUGCCAAGAUAAGUUUAAGUUCAAAGUUACACGGACCACUCAUCAGAAAGUUAACAUCUACACCAUUAACAAAAAAGUGA